AUGUAUGACGAAAGUGAUUGGUCGUUGCUGAUUAUAACAGUUGCAUACACGUGCCAGAUGCAAGUCAGCUGAGUAAUCGAAUAUUUAAUUAACAAUAUAAAUAUUAUUUUAAGAUUUACUAUCAAAAUGGUAGUCACGCCUACUGUUAAGCAAAUGGCAGAAAGGAAAGGUACCUUUAAAGUUGAAUAUCUUCAAAAAAUUGAAAGAGAAGUACAAGAAAAAUGGUAUAAUGCAAAAGUUUAUGAAGAAGAUGCACCAUUAGAACCUAAAAAUACGCCAAAUGAUAAAUUUUUGGCAACUUUUCCAUUUCCUUAUAUGAAUGGACGACUUCAUUUAGGACAUGUAUUUUCUUUGUCAAAAUGUGAAUUCGCAGUACGUUAUAACCGUUUGUUAGGAAAAAAAGUUCUAUUUCCAUUUGGUUUCCAUUGCACCGGUAUGCCAAUUAAAGCUUGUGCCGAUAAAUUAAAAAGAGAAAUAGAACUAUACGGCUUACCACCACAAUUUCCUGAAGAAAAUAUUGUAAUUGAAGAAAAAGUAGAUGACAUAAUAAUAAAGGAUAAAAGUAAAGGGAAAAAAAGUAAAGCAGUCGCCAAGGCUGGAACCGCUAAAUACCAAUGGCAAAUUAUGCAAACUCUUGGAAUAGAUGACGAAGAAAUUAAAAAAUUUGCAGAUGCUGCAUAUUGGCUUGAUUAUUUCCCGCCUCGUGCCGUAGAAGAUUUAAAAUCAAUUGGAUUACAUGUUGAUUGGCGUCGCAUGUUUAUUACAACUGAUGCUAAUCCCUUUUUCGACUCAUUUGUAAAAUGGCAAUUUGAACACCUGAAACAUAGAAAUAAAGUUAAAUAUGGAAAAAGAUAUACGAUUUAUUCUCCAAAAGAUGGCCAACCGUGUAUGGAUCACGAUAGAUCUUCUGGUGAAGGUGUUGGACCACAAGAAUAUACAUUAAUCAAAUUAAAAAUACAAGAGCCUUAUCCUAAAUCUCUCGAAUCACUUUCUGGAAAACCAGUUUUCCUCGUCGCAGCAACUUUGAGACCUGAAACUAUGUACGGUCAAACUAAUUGCUGGGCACAUCCAGAUAUAAAUUACAUUGCGUAUAGUUUAAAGAAUGGUGAAGUAUUCAUAUCGACUGAAAGAGCAGCCCGAAAUAUGGCUUAUCAAGGCUUUUUCGAAGUAGAAGAAAAAAUAGAAGUUCUUUUAAAACUAACUGGAGAAGAAAUCUUAGGAGUAGGAGUAGAAGCACCUCUUACAUCUCAUAAAAUAGUUUACACAUUACCCAUGUUAACAAUUAAAGAAGAUAAAGGAACAGGAAUAGUAACUUCAGUGCCUAGCGAUUCUCCGGAUGACUAUGCUGCUUUAGUAGAUUUAAAGAAGAAACAACCAUUUAGAGAAAAAUAUGGAAUCAAGGAUGAAAUGGUGCUGCCUUAUGAACCUAUACCUAUCCUUGAAAUCCCAGAAUUUGGAAACUUAGCUGCAGUAACACUGUAUGAUAAAUUAAAAAUACAGUCUCAAAAUGAUAAAGUUAAAUUGAUGGAAGCCAAGGAGAUGGUAUAUCUUAAAGGAUUUUAUGAUGGUAUAUUGUUAGUUGGUGAACAUAAGGGCAAAAAGGUUCAGGAUAUUAAAAAACAAAUUCAACAAGCAUUAGUCCGUGAUGGUAGUGCUGUUAUUUAUUAUGAACCUGAAAAAACAAUUAUUUCAAGAUCGAAUGAUGAAUGCGUAGUCGCUUUGUGCGAUCAAUGGUAUUUAGAUUAUGGCGAAGAAAAUUGGAAAAAGGAAACAAUGAAAGCCUUAAACAAUCUAAAUGCCUUUCAUGACGAAGUUAGAAAAAAUUUUAUAGCUUGUCUUGAUUGGCUUCAUGAGUAUGCAUGUUCUAGGACUUAUGGUCUUGGAACAAAAUUACCAUGGGACGAAAAUUGGUUGAUUGAAUCUCUUUCCGAUUCAACUAUUUAUAUGGCGUAUUAUACAAUAGCUCAUUUAAUCCAAGGAGAAACAUUCAAGGGAGACAAGCCAAAUGUUCUAGGGAUAAAGGCUAGUGAAAUGACAUCAGAAGUCUGGGAUUAUAUUUUUUUCAAUGAUGCAAAAUUACCUAAAACAAGUAUUAAAAAAGAAGCAUUAGAUCGAAUGCGAAGAGAAUUUCAUUACUGGUAUCCAGUCGAUCUAAGAGUUUCAGGAAAAGAUUUAAUACAAAAUCAUCUUACAUUCUUUCUUUAUAAUCACACUGCAAUAUGGCCUAAGCAACCAGAAUUAUGGCCUCAAGGAAUACGAGCAAACGGUCAUUUACUAUUAAAUUCAUCUAAGAUGUCAAAAUCCGAAGGGAAUUUUUUAACACUUGCAGAAGCUGUUGAAAAAUAUUCAGCAGAUGGGAUGAGAUUAUGUUUGGCUGAUUCUGGAGAUUCAGUGGAAGAUGCUAAUUUUGUAGAGAGUACUGCUGAUGCAGGAAUUCUCAGAUUGUACACAUUCAUUGAAUGGGUCAAGGAAGUAAUGAAUAUGCCAAAAAAUCAAUACAGACAUGAUCAACCAAAUACAUUCAAUGAUAGAGUCUUGGAAAGUGAAAUGAAUCUAAAAAUACAAGAAACUAAUGAGAAUUAUUCAAAAAUGCUUUAUAAAGAUGCAUUAAGAACUGGCUUUUUUGAACUACAAGCUGCUAGAGAUAAAUACUUACAAUUAAGCAUAUUAGAUGGUAUUAACUGGAAUCUUAUUAUUAAGUACAUAGAAUUGCAAAUUAUUAUGUUAUCUCCAAUAUGUCCUCAUGUAUCGGAAUAUGUAUGGAAUAUUAUUGGUAAAAAAGAUAGUAUACUACACAGUCGAUGGCCAAUAGCUGGUACUGUCGAUUUAGUACUCAUCAAAUCUUCACAGUAUUUAAUGGAUGCUGCCCAUUCAUUUAGAAUUCUUUUAAAGAAUUAUCUAACGCCAAAGAAAGUUUCAAAAAGUGCAAAUGCCGUAUCUCCAGAGAAACCUAAUAAAGGAAUUAUUUGGGUUGCCAAAACUUAUCCUCCUUGGCAAAGUAUUGUACUCAAAACUAUGAAGGAAAUGUAUAUAAAAAAUGGAAACAAACUGCCAGAAAAUAAAGCAAUCGCUACAGAAUUGGGAAGCAUAGCUGAGUUGAAAAAGUAUAUGAAAAGAGUAAUGCCAUUUGUACAAGUUUCGAGGGAAAAAUUAGACUCUACUGGUAUAAGCGCUUUCAAUCUAACAUUUGAUUUCAAUGAGUAUGAUAUUCUUGAACAAAAUAAGAAGUAUCUUCAAAAUACUUUAGAGCUACAUGAAAUUAUUAUAAAGUAUACCGACGAAGCUCCUGAAAAAACAAAAGAAGAAUGCUGUCCUGGUUUUCCUUAUAUAAAUUUUUCUUUAAAACCUUCAGUUCAGAUGUGUCUUAUAAAUCCACAAAAAUACAUUGGUGCAUUUAGUAUGCAUUUCAAAAUUUAUGAAAACGACACAGUUUCUACUUUAAUAGAACGUAUUGUACACGAGAAUAAAUUAAGAUCUGUAAAAUUAAUCGAAGUUCAAUUAUAUCGAUAUAAUGAUCCAAUCAUGGGCCCACGUUUGAAACCAAAUCUUGACAAUAUUUUAGCAGGAAAAACAUUACUUCCAGAUGACGCUUUAUUUAUAAUUAAUGCAGAAAAAGAAUCUGCAGAAGUUAAAAUUAAAGAUAAAAUAUACCCUCUUGGAAAUGAAUUAGUAUACAUUGACAAAUGUGCGGACGAUAAAUAUAUAAAUGAACCGAUCAUUAAAUAAAAGAAAGGUUCUAUUAAAUAACUAAGGAAAAAAAAUAUGAUACAGAAAAAUAACAG